AUGAGUGGGUUGGAUGAUUUGAAAACAAUUUGGAAGGAAACUCUACACAAAGCAGAGAGUUCGGUAAUCAUUAUCAACAGAAAAAACUCAUGGAGCCGCAUGAAAAUCCUACCUGAAAUGUUCAAAUACCUGUGUUUCACCCUAGAAAUACACCCGCGAUUUCUUGACAUCGCUUUUGGCUUUUGCCGUCGCACCGCGACUUACGAUCAAACCUUUACAUGCUACCAUAUGACUCCGCCUAUUCGCACAUGUCCAGUGAAUAUCUGUUAUAACAUACGAUUCUUUGAGCCUAAUGGCUGUCCUGACCGUGACUCAUGGUCGUGUCGCCAAUCCGCUGUGCACCACAGAGUAUUCCCCGACGAAAGUCAUUCUGUAUGGACUAUAAUCCAGUCUCCGACCUUGUUCCGCGCUAGCCUUGAAGGUCAGCAUCUUGCCAGCGAAAAUCACCCACUUGCGCUACAUGCUCGGUAUAUCCGGUCAUGUAUUUAUUACUGGCGACAAUAUCUGAAUGAGAAGGACUCUAGUCUGGUCACUCUGGUUGAGUUGGGGUUUUCAACGAUCCAAGACAUCCUGUUUAUCCGCGAUAAGAUGCAUCACGUCCUAACAAUCUUGGACGGGACUCUCAAUGUUUUGAAACUCAUUUCGUCUUCUGCCAUAACGCUAGGGGACAUGACGAAUAUUAGUUGCUCAAUUUGCAUGAACAUAGGAGCCGAAUUCGACCAAAUCUCUGCCGACCUAGAAAGCCAUAGGCUGGCUGCUAAAAGGAUCCUUGCUAUUUCAAAAGACUUGAUUCUUGUUAACCAAAAUGUAUUGAACAUUCGAAAUCAAGAGUAUCUCAUCCAGAGCAGUCAUCUGCAGACACAACUCGGUGAGGCUGCAGCCUCAGAAAACAGGAUUCUCUCUUCUAUCUCUGAGAGUAUGGGGAAAGAUUCAAGAACAAUGAAGAUUGCUACAGUCGUGGCAAUGUUCUAUCUACCUGCAAAUUUGGUCAUGGCGUUUUUCAGUACAGAAUUUGUCAAAUUUGAGACUACUUCUAAUGUAAAAGCAAGAACUGUUGGUGUUAGCAUGACGAUUCAUAGUCAGGUCUGGAUUGCAUUCGUCGCUACGUUUGUCUUGGCAGUUUUCACGGUGUUGUUGUUAUUUGUCUGGAAUCGAAGUGCUACCAAAUCCAAGAUUAGCUCUCAAAAGAUCAAUGGAUAG